AUGAAAAACAUCGCAAUCUUAAGCAGUGGAAGUGAUAACUCUGGUAUCAACUCUGCAAUCCGUGCAGUUGUACGUUCAGCUCGUCAUGCCAAAGUUCACGUUUAUGGCGUUAACUACGGAUACAUCGGUCUUAGAGACGACAGCAUGAAAAUCAUCACAUCAAGAGACGUUUCUGGUCAGAUGGGUAAAGCAGGCUGCUUCCUCGGAACAGGUCGUCCAGAAAACCUCUUUGAUGAUGAUGCCAGCUUCAAGAAAAUGCUCAGCAACAUCGAGAAAAAGAAAAUCGAAGGUCUCGUCGUGAUCGGAGGCUACACAUCUCUCACACAAUCCAAGAAAUUUGUUGACGCUGGAAUUCCAACAGUGGCAAUUCCAUCUACAAUUCAAGAUGAUAUCGUUGGCACUGAUAUCUGCCUUGGUGUCGACUCUGCUGUCAACAACAUUGUCAAGAACGUUGAAAGAAUCCGCAGCUGCGAAUCAACAAUGGAUAGAACCUUUCUUAUUCGUUGUGAAGGUGAGACAUGCGGCUCACUGGCAUUAAGAGCUGGUCUUGUCUCCGGCGCAGACCUUAUUCUUACCCCAGAGCAAGAAUGCAAGGAUAUCAAUGUUAUUGUCGAUAAGCUUCAGAAAGUUUACCAAUCUGGUAAGACCCAAUGCAUCUGCCUUAUUUCCCGUGGCUGGAAGCCAGGAUGCGAAGCUCUUGCUGAAUAUUUAUCAAAGCACGAGAACGAAACAGAUCUCAGCGUUCGUGAAACGAUUUUCGGCUACGUUCAGCGUGGUGGUGCUCCAACAGGUUUCGAUCGCCUUAUGGGUACAAAUAUGGGCGCUCUUGCCUUCCAGACCCUUACAAGUGGACAAACAGCUAAGAUGACAGCAUUAUCUGAUGGCCAGUACACAAUUGUUCCUUAUGAAGCCUUCCUCGAUCAGCAAAAGAAAUUAGAUCCAAAGAUGCUUGAACUCUUCGACUUGACCAAAUAA